GUUUGUUCUUUUUGUGUGCUUCUUUGCAGGCCAGCUUUUAUGUGCAUCAGCACUGUGCACUCCAAAGCAAUGCCUAUGAGAAUGUCUUAACCCAGCAAGCACUUGCAAGGGGGGGCUCUGCUAGUUUUUCCCCCUUUGGGAACUCCAGUUGAUGAGUCAACACUAGUGAUGGAGAUCCACUGAGUCCUGUCCCUGACACUAUUCAUUGCCCUUUCCCCCUUUCCCCUUUACCCCUGCCCUGCCUGGCUAGUGCACGAACAUGCUGCGCUUCCUCCCACUCAAGCUUGGCCGUUUGUACAGGUGUCUGAAGCUUCUUUUUGUCAUUGGCCUGUUUGUCAUCUUGCUGAUGAACACGCACAACCUCUUCGCCUCUUUCCAAAAGAAUGAACUCACCGACCGAAGGUUCAUCAACCUCAACAAGUGCCCAGCCUGCUUUGGCACCAGCUGGUGUCGCAAGUUCAUGAAUGGACAGAUAUCUUUCGAGACAUGGGGUCGCCUUCGCUUCCUGGAUAUCUUCAAUGUGAAAAAUGUUUUCUUUGCCCAGUACGGGGAGCCUCGUGAGGGUACACGGAGGAUUGUACUCAAGCGUUUGGGUUCCAACCAAGAGCUUACUGAUAUUGACCAGAAGAUUUGCAAGCGGGCAACAGGCCGACCUCGUUGCGAUCUUAUCCAGGCCAUUUACAAGACUGAGUUUGCCCGACUUAAUGGGGACGUCAGACUCCUAACCCCAGACGUUGUGGAAGGCUGGUCAGACCUUGUUCAAUGUCCGUCCCAAAGACUGCUGGACAGAAUAGUCAGGAGGUAUGCUGAGACAAAGGACUCUGGAAGCUUCCUCCUCAAGAACCUUAAGGACACAGAAAGAAUGCAGCUGCUGAUGACCUUGGCUUUCAAUCCAGAACCCUUAGUGCUUCAGAGUUUCCCGUCAGACGAAGGCUGGCCAUUUACGAAGUACCUGGGUGCUUGUGGGCGGAUGGUGGCUGUGAACUAUGUGGGCGAGGAGCUGUGGAGUUUCUUCAAUGCUCCCUGGGAAAAGAGAGUAGACCUGGCCAAGCAAUUGAUGGACAUUGCGGAGCAGCUUACUAACAACGACUUCGACUUUGCUCUCUAUCUGCUGGACGUCAGCUUCGAUAACUUCGCUGUGGGCCCGCGGGACGGGAAGGUCAUUGUGGUGGAUGCGGAGAAUGUUGUGGUGGCCGACAAGAGGUUGAUCAAACAGAGUAAGUAAAUAGAUUGCAUCUUUCCUACAUAUACAGUAAACCUCAAUCUGUACACACAGUGUUUCUU